AUGUCAAUCGAUAAGUCAUGGAUUGGAAAACCACGAACCACGCAUGAGUAUAAAGAUGGUUUAAACAAGUUUUUGGAUUUUACUUUUGAGCAUCGAUCUCUCGCGGGUCGUCAGAUUAAAUGCCCUUGUCCGGUGUGUGGUUUUGGCAAGUGGCAAACAAGAGAGAAAGUUUUUGAACAUUUAAUAGUCAAGCCAUUUCCAGAAAACUACAAAGUUUGGUAUUGGCAUGGUGAAGAAGUAGUUGGAGUUGGGUCACAAGUUCAUCAAACUAGUCACAUUGUACAAGAUGAUUCGACAUCUCAGCAUCCAAUGGUAACAAUGCUCAAUGACGCGUUUGGAGUUGCUGGACCUGACUUGAAUGAAGAUGGAGAUGGAGAUGAAGAUAACAUAGAAGAUGGAGAUGGAGACAAUGCAGAAAAUGAAGAGCACAAUGGAGAAAAUGUAGAAUUUUACAUGUUGUUAGAAGAUGGCAAUGAACAAUUGUAUGAAGGGUGCACAAAGUAUUCAAAAUUGUCUUUCUUAAUUAGUUUGUAUCACAUAAAGUGCUUAUAUAGAAUAAGCGACAAAGCCAUGACCGAAAUUCUCAAGUUAUUAAAAGAUGCCUUUGGAAAUGCAAAGAUUUCAAAUACAUUCUAUGAGGCCAAGAAAACCAUAAAUAAACUAGGGCUUAAUUAUACCAAGAUACCUGCUUGCCCUAAUGACUGCAUGUUAUAUUGGGGGAAGGAUGAAGAUUUGCAAGAAUGCAAAAGAUGCAAGACAUCUAAAUGGAGCGAUGCUAAAAAGAAGAAACCAGCAAAGAUCUUGCGAUACUUUCCACUAAAACCGAGACUUCAACGAUUAUUCAUGUGUUCUAAGACUGCUCAAUCAAUACAAUGGCAUGCUUUGGCAGAAAAGAAAGAUUCGAAGAUGAGGCAUCCGCGGGAUUCUGAAGCUUGGAAGACAUUUGAUUUACUUCAUGAUAGGUUUGUCGAAGAUCCUCGAAAUGUACGUCUUGGUCUUGCAGCUGAUGGAUUCAACCCCUUUGGAACUAUGCGUACAAACUAUAGCAUUUGGCCAGUGGUGCUUAUUCCAUACAAUCGGCCUCAAUGGGAGUGCAUGAAGCCAACAUCACUUAUCUUGUCAAUGAUUAUUCCUGGAGAGAAAAUGCCGGGGAACAACACAGACGUAUACUUACAACCUCUUAUUAAAGAGUUAAAAGAGUUGUGGUAUGAUGGUGUUCAAACAUUAGAUAGGUUCAGGAAUGAAAUGUUUACAUUGCGAGCAGCAUUAAUGUGGACAAUUAGUGAUUUUCCAGGCCUUGGUAACUUAUCUGGGUGGAAUGUACACAGUAAAUAUGCUUGUCCUACAUGUAACUUCAGCACUGAUUCAUAUAGAUUAAAGCAUGGUGGAAAAUGGUAUUUUUUGGGGCAUCGCCGUUUCUUAGAAAGGGGUCAUAAGUUUAGGCUAAGUCAUGCAAAAUUUAAUGGAAAAAUUGAGUUGAGGGAUCCCCCAGCAGUACUAACAGGAUCAGAAAUAUUGGAACAACUUGAAGGAAUCAAUGUUUCAUUUGGGAAAGAACUACAGGAAAGUAAAGGUAAGAGGAUUCAACGAAAAGUUGUUGAAGAAGAUGAUGAAUCGGGGAUAUGGAGGAAGAAAAGCAUAUUUUUUUAUCUUCCUUAUUGGGAGUCUAACUUAUUGCGCCAUAAUCUAGAUGUUAUGCACAUUGAAAAGAAUGUUUGCGACAAUGUAUUAUACACUUUGCUCAAUGAGACUGGAAGGUCAAAGGAUAAUCUCAAAGCUCGUAAGGAUCUUAAAGAAAUGGGUAUAAGGAAAGAUUUAUGGCCAGAUGAAAAUAGGAGAUAUCAUCCAUCUUUGUUCACAAUGUCAAAUUCCAUGAAAGAUAUAUUCUUGCGUACUAUAAAGAAUAUUAGAGUACCAGAUGGUCUCUCAAGUAAUAUUUCACGGUGUGUUGACCUGAAGCAAAGAAAGCUUUCUGGAUUGAAGAGCCAUGAUUGCCACGUUCUUAUGCAGCAACUAUUACCCAUUGCCAUACGUAAUGUGCUGCCAGAUAAAGUUACUGCAGUGCUAAUAGAGUUGUCUUCAUUCUUUCAACAGUUGUGCUCUAAAAGCUUAAGUCUUAUAGAACUUGAGAAGCUCCAACCUCGAAUUAUCCUUACCCUUUGUCAUUUAGAAAUGUUGUUCCCUCCUUCUUUCUUUACAAUCAUGGUUCAUUUAACUUGUCAUCUAGUUGAUGAAGCAAAACUCGGAGGACCAGUACACUAUAGGUGGAUGUAUCCUAUUGAGAGGUAUUUAGGUCAUUUGAAGUCCUAUGUACGAAACAAAGCUAAAUCAGAAGGUUCUAUAGCUAAGGGAUACGUGGCUAAAGAAGCUCUUACAUUUUGCUCUCGAUACUUAGAAGGGAUUGAGACAAGAUUUAAUAGGCCACCACGUGUUGAUGAUCGUUCGGAUGAUAAUUAUAGUACACAUGUGGAUUCCCUUUUUCCACAAAUGGGGAACUCAAAGGGAGCUUUCACACUUAUGAACCCAGAUAUUAUGAAUACUGUGCAUGAGGAUUUGAGAUACUUAGCAAGGGGUCCAUCACGAUAUGCCAAGAGGUUUUCUACAUUUAGUAUUAAUGGGUUCUCCUUUCGAACUACCAAUCGAGACAAAGGGUUAAAGACCCAGAAUAGUGGAGUUUUUUUAAUGUCUUCAACUCCUUGUGUUGCUAGCGCUAGUGAUGCUGAUGUUAGGAAUGGUGAUUUGUCAUAUUAUGGCAAACUAGAAGAUAUUAUAGAACUAAACUACAAUGGCCGAUUUCGGGUUACUUUAUUCAAAUGUAAAUGGGCUGACACCACUAGAGAACGGGGCUGUAGAAAGGAUAAUUGGGGUUUUACUUCUAUUAAUUUUUCACGAGUAAUACACAGUGGUGACCGAGAGGAGGAUGAUCCAUAUAUUGAAGUCUCACAAGCUCGAAUGGUGUAUUUUGUCAAUGAUGAAGUGAAUAAAGAUUGGAGUGUUGUCGUGCAUUUGAAGCCAAAAGAUUCAUAUGAUAUGGGGGGAAAUGAAGAUGAUGAACCAUGCGAGAAUGAGCCAUGGUCAGAGCAAAACUUAGAUUCUUUAUUUGAAAAUGGUGAUAAUCUAUCAUUGUUAAGAGAUGAGGUAGAUGAUGAACUACUAGAUAAUAACAUUGGAGAAGACGAACACAUGUCAGAAUAG